AUGGUGGCCUCGGACACGGACGAUGUGUGGCGCCAGGUAUGGAGUGACGAGGGCGACUCGGUCAGCACCGUGUCGGAGGAGGAGCCGGAAGUAGAGGCCGGUGAUGUCGAUAUGGACGAGCGUGUCGAGAUGCUUCGCGCACCUGUCUUGUCGAUCUGCACAGCCUUGGGUGGCUACGAGCAUGUCCAGCAGCUCGGGCGCACGGAGCUCGUGUAUCGCGUCGGCGAUGACUGCCUAGAAUGCUUACGGGAUCUUCGCCGUCUGUGGCGCCAGGAUGAUACCGAUGCUAGUCGUGCGAUCGCGCGCGUAUUUGCUGAGCUCGGCACGCUUCACAAUGAUCUCAUCCCGAUCCUCCUGCACUGUGCCGGCGGAGGAGACAAAGCUGACAAGAUUGCUUUGGCAUGCACAGAUCUCAUUACGGCACUGACGUGGCCUAUUGACUGGGAUGCCGAGCUACACGACAUGACGACGCGCAUGGAAGAAGACGAAAACGAGCAAGUUCUCGCCAAGUUGCUGGAAUUACAGAGUGCGCAAGUGCAGUACAAGUCAUCGAUUCUGCGCGAGCGUGCCAAAGAGCCGCGCCUUGGUGACCGCACUGUCCUGUCCUGUGUCCUUCGUCACGUUCUUGCGCCCUCUCUCAAGCCAAGAUCAGAGCGAACGGAGCGCGACGUGGGUGUAACCAGCAUGUGCUUGCAUCUCUUCCGCAACCUACUAGCCAUUCGUGACCCGCCACUGCAAUCGUUCAGCACCGGCAAUAUCGCUAACAUGUCGCUUCAGAGCGUCCUUGUCCAGCAAAUGGACACUUUCCACAUCCUAGAUGCACUCCGCAUGCUGGCGAGUCAGGCCGACACAAAAGAGUUUGAGAUGUGGACGCCCAUCGUGGCGGAAAGCGUAUACCAUAUGGUGAGUGGAACGCCGCCUGCAUGGCUCGCAGGCGCCAUCGAGACUUCGCCGCUUUCUGCCUCCCUGUCCGCUGAGGCCUCGGAACGCCGCUUAAGCCGGCGAAAUGCCAGCGCAAGGCACUCGCGCUUUGGCACGACGAUUCAGUUCCCCGCACACGAUGGCUCGCUGCGUAUCGCACGCACACCUGCAGCGCUGACCGAGCGCGUCGAUCGUCUGGAACAGCGCGUGAUAGACCGUACGAAGCGCCGCGUGUCACGCCGUCGGCCGGCUUUUGAUCGCGGCGCGCCGCCGACGCAAGUGCACUGGACGCCGAGUGCCCAGCGCGUGCUGCGCACAUGGGCCGAUCGAUUCGUAUUGGACGGCCUCUUUGGCGUGCUUGUGCCGGCCUAUCUUCGAGAUAUCCAUGCCGAACGCGAGCGCGUCGGUGGCUUGGAGGCAGCUCGUUGCAAGGCCAUCCAACUCGCGUCAUUUUUCCUCGAGUAUGCCAUGGCGCGCCGUAUGCCCAUGGCGCAUGUGAGCUUAUGGCUCGAGCCAUGGGCCUUUCGCCUUGUGCGCGCACGCACCGCGAUGGCGCUAGAGAGCCGUCAGUGGCUCGAGUUUACCUUGAGUGUGCGCCUUUGGACGACGCAGCUCCGCCUUUUGGAAGCAUUGUCCCGCAGCGCACUAGAUGCUGAGCGCGAGGCGGCUGAAUCGCUGCAGCACACGCUCUACUACGACGGUGAGUACCUUGAUACGGCGCUGCAUGCGAUGCAUGCGUAUUCGACGCAGAGCUUUGCGUGCCUCGAGGCCAUCAUCGACUUUAGCUACAUGAUGCCGAGACUCCUGGAGCGGCACGCAUCUACAAGCACCUACAUGUUUGUCAAGACAUCGAAGGAUGAGCGCAUCUUCCGCUUCGAGUCGUUCCAGCGGUCCAUGGCAUCCACACGACUCGUGCAUGCCUGCACCCAGUACCUUGCUCGCUACCGCGACUCUUCCUGCGCAUCGACGAUGCUUCCACGCCUCGCAGCCGUCGUGCACCGCACCAUUGUGCGCGCCUCGCACGUCGCGUUGUUCUUUAGCGCCAAGAUCCGACACGUAUGGGACCGAGUCAUGGCAGACGGUGCGCAUAUGCAGCGAGUCCACCCACAAGCCGCGCGUGACUUGGCUCGGCUGUACCACAUCAUUCGAAAGACGUUCUUGCGACUUAGCGACGCAUCGCGCCAAGCCUACGAGGUCGGUCGCCGUCCGCCCAAGCCGACAGCCGAGCUCUACGUCCGCUCAGAGCUGUCGCACAGCGAGCAGAUUGGCGUCGCUGUCGGCCUUCUUGCCGAGGCGCACAAACUUACGAGCGUAUCGUGGGUUCGCACGGCGUUGGAACGCGCGAGUAUGGAGCGCAUGUCACACCAGCCCGAGGCACACGUACCAGAGGCGCAUAUGCCACUGUAUCCCGAGCAUGAGCUGCCUGACGGCGGUCCUGACGCUGCGCACUUGGCACCACUGCGUUUGUUGUGCCGACUCGUGGAGCUGGAAGAAAAAGCAGAGGGCACAUGGUACGUCCCUCCUGACUGUGCGCCCAACACGCUCGCUCGGUACGGCCAGAUCAUCGACCAGUACCUCACAGAGCCACUGGUCAUCGAGGGCCAGAGCCUCAAGGAUCUUGUGCGCGCUAAACGGCCUCGACCGCCAGCCACCGACCGUCCAGCACAGCGGCCCCGCAUCGAAGACGAGGUGCCGAGUCUGUCAGAUGCCGAGUCGUCCCCUCCCACGAGUUCGUCGCCACAGAUCGCUGCGCCCGAGCCCAUGGAGGCCAAGGGCGUGCCCGAUUUGUUCCUGCUCUCUGAUACAGAGGCCUAA